AGGAGUUCCUGCACAAACUUCAUUCCACUCCACAAAGGGAGAACACAUGUUGGAGACUCACCGGAGUUAGGGCAGAGAGAGCAGACAAACAACAGUCUGGACUUAUUUCUUGUUGUUGGAUUUCUUCUCUCAAGUCAGGGUCUGCAUGCGUUUGUCUUUGCAUCAGAGUGUAUGAAUGUUGAAGUUUGUGUGUGAAGUGUGAGUGAAAUUCGAAGUGCUUUUAGACAUGGAAACAUCCUUUGCUGUGAGUUCUCUUCUCCUGGCCCUGCUUCUCUCUCUUCAUCUGCACCGCCGCCUCCUUGUUUGGGCCGCAAUGGACUCCUGCUUCGAUGAGGAGGGCGGCCAGAGCCGUUGCAUGCCCAAGUUCGAGAACGUUGCCUUCAAUCACACUGUGGUGACAUCCAAUGUGUGCGGCUCCCCACCUGAGGACUACUGCAUGCAGACCGGCUCGACGCGCUCAUGCCACCACUGUGACGCUUCAGAUCCAGACUGGAACCACAAUGCCAGCCUCCUGACAGACUUCCACAGGAAUGAGGAGCCCACAUGGUGGCAGAGCCAGUCCAUGUACUAUGGCAUCCAGCACCCCAGUUCUGUCAAUCUGACCCUCCAUCUGGGGAAGGCAUUUGAGAUAACCUAUAUACGAUUGAAAUUCUACACCAGUCGGCCGGAGAGCUUCGCCAUCUACAAGCGCACGGAAGAAGACGGUCCCUGGCUGCCUUACCAGUUUUACAGCGCCUCUUGUAGGAAGACGUAUGGGAAGGAUGCCAAGGCUUACAUUCGCCCAGGAGAUGAUGAGAGGACUGCUUUGUGUAUGGACGAGUUCAGCGAUAUCUCCCCCCUCACUGGAGGAAACGUGGCUUUCUCCACGCUGGAGGGACGGCCCAGUGCGUACAACUUUGACCAAAGCAUGGUGUUGAAGGAAUGGGUGACAGCCACUGACCUACUCAUCUCUUUGGACAGGCUUAACACCUUUGGAGACGAGUUCUUUAAGGACGCCAAAGUGCUGCGAUCGUACUUCUAUGCCAUCUCUGAUUUCUCUGUGGGUGGCAGAUGUAAGUGUAACGGUCACGCCAGCGAGUGCGUUGAGUUGGAACAUCGGGGCCUGGUGUGUUCCUGCCAACAUCACACGGUGGGAGACGACUGCCAGAGAUGUCACCCCUUUUACCAGGACCGACCCUGGGCCAGGGCCACUGGGGACUCUGCCAACGAGUGUUUGAAGUGUAACUGCAGCGGGAGGUCAGACGACUGUGUGUUUGACAUGGAGCAGUACCGGAGCACUGGCAGUGGGGGGCGCUGUGUGAGCUGCAGAGACAACACUGACGGGCCCCAUUGUGAGCACUGCAGAGAGAACCACUUCAGGACAUCUGCCGAGGAGCCCUGCCUACCAUGCAACUGCAAUAUUGAUGGUUCAGUGAGUCUGCAGUGUGAUGUAGAAGGAAGGUGUGCGUGUCGUGUCGGCGUGACAGGGGAGAAGUGUGACACAUGUCGGGCUGGCUUUCACUCGCUUGGCCAUGGCGGCUGCAGGUCUUGUGAGUGUGACCCCAGCGGGACUGUGGACGACUGCUCUCCUCUGGAUGGACGUUGUCACUGUAAGCCAAACGUGGAGGGGCAGAGCUGUGACAGAUGCAAGCCAGGUUUUUUCAACCUACAACAAGUGAACCCAGCAGGAUGCCAAGCGUGUUUCUGCUUCGGCCACUCGCUGGUCUGCUCCUCGUCCGAUCACUAUGCUGCCAUCAACAUCACUUCUGACUUCUUUGAAGAUCAGGAUGGCUGGUUGGGAGAGUUCUCCGGAGGGCAGGAGUACCCCCUGCUGUGGAAGGAAGGUGAAGUCUACCUGCUGCCUCUUACAGAGGAAGACAUCGGCUUCUACAAAGCCCCUGAUAAAUUCCUGGGUCAUCAAGUCUACAGCUACGGCCAGCUCCUCUCCAUCACCUUCACCUCCGAGACCUCCGAGCUGCUCCCCGACCACGUCACCUUGCUCCUCCAAGGCUCUGGAGUCACCCUAUCUGCUGACCUUCCACCCCAACCGGUGCUUGACCACGACCCCGGCCUCACGUUGCAGCACUCCUUCGUUGUCAGGCUUCAUGAAAAUGAGAUGAGAUUUAAGCCUCCAUUGUCUGCCUUUCAGUUCCAACAACUCCUCUACAACCUGACAGCUUUCAGAAUCAGCAACGCCGGAGGACAGAACUACACAUCGCAGCUUGCGGGGGUAACCCUGACCUCAGCUCUCAUCUCCUCUGGUCCGGCCAACCCUCCCGCCCCAUGGGUGGAAUCUUGUUCCUGUCCCCCGGGGUUUGCAGGCCAGUUCUGCGAGCGGUGUGCCCCGGGAUUCACCCGGGAAGACUCUGCCAGAGGACCUCUCUCGACAUGUGUGCCAUGCAACUGCCACCAGCAUGGAACCUGUCAUCCAGAGACAGGUGUGUGUGAGUGCUCAGACUUCACCACUGGGAUGACCUGUGAGCGCUGCCUGGAUGGUUACUACGGCAGCGCUUUGAUUGGCACGCCCGGUGAUUGUCAGCCUUGCCCUUGCCCGGACCGAACCAGCUGUGCCGAAAUUGCGAAGACAGGACAGGUGGUCUGUACCAACUGCCCUACAGGACAGACAGGGAUGCGCUGUCAGAUGUGUGAAGAUGGCUACUACGGUGACCCCCUGGGACAAUCUGGCCAAGCUCGACCAUGUAUGAGAUGUGACUGCAAUGGCAACGUGGACUUCAACGCUUUGAGAAUAUGUGACCACGUGACCGGGCGAUGUCUGAAAUGCCUGAGACACACAGAGGGCGACCAGUGCCAACGCUGCCAGCGGGGUUUUUACGGCGAUGCCCUGAACCAGACAGCUGGCCAGAAGUGCAAGUCGUGCAGCUGCCAUCCCAGCGGAACCUUUGGGCAUGUAAAUGAAUGCCACCCUCAGACAGGAGAUUGCCAGUGUCUCGGUCAUGUGACCGGACGGGAUUGCAGUUAUUGUGAAGUUAACUUCUUCAACCUCCAACCAGGUGUAGGAUGUGAGAGGUGCAAGUGUAGUCCAAUUGGCUCAUCGUCCAUCGCGUGUCAUCCAAUCACAGGGCAGUGUGUGUGUCGUGCCGGAGUGAAGGGGAGACUGUGUGAUUCUUGCCGUGUGGGCUUCUUUGGAUUCUCGUCACGAGGUUGCAGAGCCUGCAACUGUGACCCAAUGGGCUCCAUUUCAAUGCAGUGUCACGGUAACGGUACUUGCCACUGCCGCCAGGGCUUCGUGGGUUAUAAGUGUGACAAAUGUGAGAUGAACUACUUCCACAACAGGGCCACACACCAGUGUGAGGAAUGCCCAGUUUGCUAUGGCCUUGUAAAGACACAGGCAGAGAAGAUGAGGACUCGCCUGCAGGAGUUGGAGAAGCUGCUGGCUCACUUUGAUUGCCGAGGUAGAUUUGGAAAGCAGCACCACCUGCUGAAGUAUCACAUGGCCAGGCUUUAUGAGCACGAGCACCAGAGGGAGGAUGCUCUACCAAAUGCUCUGGAGGAUUUUCUGGCCUUCCAAGAAGCUCGGGAGGCCUUCAUAAAACAAUUUUCCUUGCUGGAAGCUUCCGCAGGCACACUCUUAGCCCAGCUGCAUGGCAUUACUUCCACUUUGAACUGCAGCAUCAGCAUGACGGAGGAAGAGGGGAAGGAGAGGAGGAACGAUGAAGGAAGCAGGAGUGUGUGUCAAACCUUCACUGAAACUAUGUUCGCGGUCAGAGCGUCUCACAAACAGCUAAAGCAGGCAACACUGGACCUGGACAACAUGAUCAUUCCUUUUGAGGUGGUGUCAGAACCCAACAAAUGGAACAAUUUGGUCAAUGACUCACAGGCCCUAAUGAAAAGUCACAGAGAAACAGCAGACCAUAUUGAGGCCAUAGCCAGCAGGGCGGUAAGAGCCUCGGAGCAGACCUUCGGUUUCCUGAUGGAUCUACUGCAGGACAACUCCACAGAGGAGUACAUCAGGAACCUAACGGAGCAAAUAACACAAAUGCAGCAGCAGAAGGAGAACCUGACGGCACAGGUGAAUGAAACUGCGGCCAAACAGCUGGCCCUGGAGGAGGAAGCUGCUGGUUUAGAGCUUGCCCUGGGUAACAUCACAUCAUCCUUACAUCAGUUGGCUCCGACAGAUGCCAGCCCAUCACCGGAGCCUCACCAAACGCAGCUCAACCAAACACGUCCAACCAACCGUACAACAGAGUGGGGUGAGGACCUGCUAAAACAAAAUGAAGAGCUGGACAAACAAAUUCAGACCCAAGACAAUCUCAUCAGUAGGAUCAGAGAGGAGAUGGAGCCUCUAAAACAGACCGCCAGUAAGAAACUGGAACUGCUGGAUGACAAUAGUGAGCUGCAAGCUCACGUUCGAGGGGCAAAGCUCACGGCGUUGUCGUCCGUGGUGACAGGGAAAGGGGUGGAAUCCGACGCCAUCGCCCUGCACAGAGAAGUAGAAUACAUGGUGAGGGAGUGGCCCCGUCGGCAGGCCCAGACCAAGGCUGCAAUGAAGAAGGAAAAACCCCUGGAGGAAAAGGUUCUAGCUGAUGUCAGGAAAAAGGUCUCACAAAUCAAGAAGAUGCUAAAACCAGCGCUGGAAAACUCCAGCCUCUCCAGCAACACCACAAUGGAGGCGGAACAGACAGCCCAUGCUGUGGCAAAGGAAUCCAAAGCCAUUCUGACCCAGGCCAGGCAUACCAGGACUGCAUCUGCUCACCUUAGCUCCCAUAUAGACGCCGCUUUACAACAGCUGACUGAGCAGGAGAUGCUAGCUGACAGAGUCAACUCCCAGAUCAUCUUAGAGCCUGACGUGUCCCUGAAUAGUGUUAUGGAAGACAUGGAAGCUGCCAAGCUCCAGUUAAAGGCCUAUUCUGUUACACUAACCGAGCUAAUCAGCAAGAUUGAUGGGAACGUGCCGCUGGAGCGCUUUGACCGGAUCUUGGAUGAGACAGCACGCCGCCUGAGCAUGCUUCGCGGGAGUGUUGAGAGCCCGACGCUGGGCUCGAAGAUCCAGAAGCUGCAAUUGGCCGCUAAGGAACAGCACAGCAGGAUGUCCUUCAUUGAACAGGACUUACAGGAGAUCAGGGAGGAGAGAGACAGUCUCAGGGACAUCACUUUAAACCUGCCUCAGUCAUGCCCCCAGGCCACAGGUGCAGGUAAAGGCUAGAUACUGUAGAUGACAAGCAUUGGGUCAUGAUAAAACAGCUGAACAUCAUAGAAGUCUGAGGAUUUUGUUAAUAAAAAGGGGCUGGGCCGUUUUUUUAUUAUUAUUCUGCUUCAAAAAGGUCAGUUAUAUCCUUAAAUUCUUUUCUUUUUCCAUCUGUUGCCCCAGGGUACGUUUUAUUUUACCACGGAUUUUGUUAAUAAAAGGGUCUACGGUCGUUUUUUAUUAUUCUGCUUCAAAAAAGUCCGUUUUAUCAUUAAAUUCUUCCCUUUUUCAUGCUUUUGGCCCCAAGAUACAUUUUAUUUUACCACCUUGAUACACACACACACACACACACUCCCACCAGAAGACGUGGAUUCUCCACUGUCUCCUAUGAUUUACACCUAAUCUUUUUUCCCUUCAUUUCUUUUUCCCACUCAACAACAUCAAAACUUUAAUUUCAUCGUGAAUAAUAAGCAGCCGUUCUGAACUGCUGGAGUGCCCUGUCAAGUUUAAAAUAAUGCUGAUUUUCCUUUGUGGGGGUAAGAGGUGAGUCUGAGUGCUCCUUCAGACUGACACAUUCAUUUACACUUGAGCUCUCUUUCAUCAGCCUGGCUUAAUUAACAAUUAGUCCCCUUGGCCUCAGUGGGGUUCAGGUCAGGCUUCAAGAGCACACAACCUGUGUUUGGGAUUCUCACAGUGCCUACCUCUCUGUUUUUGUGGUUACUAUCAAAUGGUCAAUAUUCCUUGAUUUGGGGUCACGGUCUUGGUCACACUUUCUGACUUCUGAUGACCAAAAUGUGAAAGCUAAUUACCUUUGUAUUGUGAAAAUGACUCAUGGAGUGAUGGUUUACCAAAAUACACUUUUUUCCUGUUUUUAAUCAUGUUGAAUAACUGAUCAGGAAUCAGAUUCAGACAAAUGGUCUCAUCCAACCAGUUCCAGUUAGACACGUAUAGUAAUUGUUUUGAGUAUGUAAGGCCGUCACAUAGAAACCAUUACAAAAUAAAGUAUACUUAAAAGGGCCAUUUUGCAUAUUAAAAUGUCUCAAUUUUUGUACAACAAUGGAAAUAAAGGAGCUGCUCACAGCUGAUUAAAAGCUUACAUUCGUAGAUGAUAGUUCAAGGAACUCUCAAAAAAAAAGAUAAUAAUAAAUUAAAUAUUCAGCCCUUAGAAAAUAUUCUUGCUGUUUGUGAUAUUUCAAAAAUGUAAUGUGGCAGACUUCCAGAAGGACAUCAGAGUUUGAUUAACAUCUAUUAACUCACAUCUUGUUUAAUUUCCUUUUAGUACCAAACGGUUAAUUACAUUUGUCUCUUCUGCAGUAGAAUAGUGCACAGUGUCAACCUUUGUACAUAAAUGAGCAUGUAGUUGUUUGGAAGAUUUAGGAAAUACGCAUAUUUGCUUCUUUUCUUUUCUCCAUGAGUUGAAUAAGAAGAUCCUUACCACUCUCAUGUCUGUACGCUAAACGUGAAGCUACACCUUUUUGACUUUUUGCCAGCACCUCGAAAGCUCACUAAUCAACAUGUUGCAUCCCAUUUGCUUAAUCUGUAAAAGACAGAAAGUGUAAAAACCACAACUCUCCAGUGACACACCAUUUUUUGUUUCGUGUUAUAUCUCCUUAAACAAGAUAUAGGAUGUUAAUUAGACCCUCUUACUCAUAGAUUGUGGAGGUUUAUUCUAAUUAAAUACUGUACAACAUUUGUAGUCAGUGUUUAGCUUUUUGAAACACCAGAAAUGAAAUGUGCACAGCCGGUACUGUUUUCUUUUCUAUGACACAUCUAAGGGCGAUGCGCCGUAUGUUGUACAAGGUCAGUGAACAGCAGUGUCUCUGCACAUUCACGGAAAUUCAUCAUGAAUGCAGCUCUGAAUGUUAAGAAGUAAAAGUAGUAAUUUUCAGUCCGUUUAGCGGCAAAGUAGAGACGAGUGUCAUUGCCAUAUGAAAAUGAAAUCCAAAUCAAGACUGGCGAGAGGUAAGGAAAUGGAAAAUGGCAAAGUUCUUAAAACCAUUGCUUUAUUGAAAUAUUCAUGCUUCGUAGUCGUACUGUAGUAAAUACUGAAACUGUUUUUUUCUGAUGGGUUCCAAAAGCACAGACGAUGUGCGUGUAUUGAUUCAUAUAGUUGACAUUGUCUCGAUUUUUGGUAAUUUCGUGUCCAACUGAGUGGCUGCAUCACCUGCUGGACUGCCGUUGAGCUUCGGUUUCAGAUUUUAGAGUCAGUAAGUAGUCGGCAACAAUAUCGGCGAAGGUCAUUUUGGCUCCACAUAUUUUAAAUUUGUAGAAAUUGCGCAGAAAGCCUUUUUUAACGACAACCAUUACAGCUGUAUUGCUGUGGCACAGGUAAAAGCAAAUGUCUUUAAACUUGAAUGAUUAGUUAGACAAUAAAGAGUUAUACUGGAAAAGAAAGACGGUUGUGUCUCCCAAGCUACAUUGUAUUACCUCACACAUCUCAGAUCUGUUACUUGGAGUUCUCAUUAAAGGAGAAGAAAAAGUUUGCUGCUGAACAGUUCAAGAAGAGAAAUGAGUGCAUCAGAAGAACUCUCAUCACUUACUAUGAUCCCACCUAUUUCAACACUUACAGAAUACAGUAACAACAGUCUUCCAGCCUGUAAUGUGGUUCUAUCAGUGUUGCUUUCUGCUAACUUUCAAACCGCAUCUUCGUCUUUCAUUCUUUGAUGAACUCGUCUCCGUCAUUCUACUGGAAACACAAGCAGUUGUAUUGCAGUCAGUCAGUCAGUUGUAUUGCAGUCAGUGCUGAAGAUGGGGAAAUUCUAAAAAGCAUGGCACCAACAGCAAAUGUAAAGGAUUUUAAAGACAAUAACUGUGUUUUGGACAACAAAGCUGUGUUAAAAUGACAGACGUUAAAGAAAUUUAAAAUGUGCAGCUCCUUGCUAAAUCACUGUACCUUUACAUAAACCUAAGGGCUUCUUGUCUUUGGGAUAUCUUGGGGGCUGUCAAUGUAAAGGUAAGAAUGAAACACAGACAGUAUACAUGGAUAAAUAUACUGUUUGAUUGAACGAACAGUAUUUUAAGACAUUGCAGUAAAAAUGUAUUCAGGAAGAUCCUAAUCAAUAACAUCUCUUCAAUCAAUCCCUGUGGAACACCCCCACCCAUAACAUUUCGACUGUCAAAGUUUUCUAUUUGCACAAAUAUGAACUCUGGUUUUGCCAAAAAAAAGUUUCUCCCACAGAGAAAACCCAUGUCCAUAAAAGGGAAUCAACACGAGCAGAGAAGUAAGAGUUGGUUGAGUGAUAUUAAGCCGAGAGCCAAACAGAAACUGGCAGUGAACCAUAGAUGCUAUUUGGCUAUCCUGGUGUGUGUGGGAGGGGGGGGGGGUUAAUUACCAACCGCUCCUUGACAUCUAUAGGAUACAUCAACCUUCACAUUUCUCCCCUCGUUUCUCAACAUGAACGCUGGCAGUCAGACAGUAUGUUGGAUCUCUUUCACACAGCUUACCAUGUGCUGAGGAUAGAUUGCUAGAAUGAACAAAAUCUUAUACCUUCCCCAGGAAAAAACAUGUCUAUGUCAAUUUAGCUGUUUUAAAACCAACAGGAAACUGGUAAUGCCACAAAAAAAUAGCACAGAAGCCAGAUACCUGACAUGGUCUGAGCAGGCAACAACAAGUGCAAAUCCUCGACAUCAAAGAUAGUCGCUGACACGCCCCCUACUGCGCCUCUCGCCCCACCUCACAGCUAGUCAUCACAUGAGUUAAGGAGAGGAAACUAAAUAUGUGUGUAACCCUAAAAUAUCUUUUCCACCCAAAACCAUGACAUGUCCCACGUCAGAAAAAAAAACUGAGCCGCUGUCUUCCUCAUCCCUGUUAUUUUCUUUGGUAUCGAGCAAUAACACAGUGGCUGUGAGUGUGAGCAUGCUGUAAGUACGGACUAUAGAUUAAACAGGCUCAGAACAAGAGGAAAACGAAAUGUCAGAUGAGUCUUGAAUAUAAGUCCACAUAACUGCAGAGGGAUUUGUGCUGUGACUCACCUCUUCAAAUCAUGUAAACAUAUGCAAAUAAAUGCUUUUCCGUUGCCAUCAAUGCAUUGUUAUUUGUAUAUAAAAACAGAAAUGUAUUUUAAACCCUGUCUCGGGCAUAUUUCUCCUCCUUGCAGCUCGUUAUCUGCCCCACAAGAUAGUAUUAUAUUCAAAACAUUGAAAAUAAUACAUUUUGCUUAAUUUUACUGCAGAGCGUCUUGUACUCAAAACAUGCUGCAGUAAAUUCCUCACGUUUAAAGUUCUGCACAAAAGCUGUUCCAAAAUGUUC